CUGUCUCUCUGUCUGUCCCGGUGUCUGUCUCUCUGUCUGUCCCGCAGCUCCACCGGUCGGCAGAGACCAGACCCGGUCGUCGUGCACGGCGCUCUUGUCGGAGACGCGCCCCCGGGUCCUACCGGAGCUCCGGAGCGGCUCAGAGCAGCGGCAGCAGCUCAGAGCGCCGAGAGGAGACACACACAGACGGACACGGACAGAGGAGGACACCGGAGGACACCGGGGGACUGUCUCACACACACACACCGGGAUUUAUUCACGCCGAGAUUCAGGGAGCAUCAGCCGGAUCGUUCACCGUGUUUACCGAGACGCUGAAGUGAGCGCAGACUCUGCAACAGUGGGUCGUGAUCGUCGCUCUGACUGGAUGAACACGCCUGUUCACCCGUCCGUCGAUCCAUCCCUCCGUCCCUCCGUCAGCCAGAGGAAGGAUCUGAUGAGAGAAGAGACGACCUGCUAUGGCCAGCGCAGCUGAUGGUGUAGGCAGUCUGGGUGCUGAGCAGAACCACCUGAGUGUCCCCAUCACUGAUCAUGGAGCCUGGGCCACGGCCAUGAACAACCUCGGCAUCAUGCCUGUGGGCAUCAGCGGGCAGCAGCUGGUUUCAGACUCUCUGUGUAUCCAGAGGUUCGACCCCGGGCUGGGCAUCAUUGCACCCAUAAACCCGAUGAUGGCGGGCAUCAGCCUGGUCCCUCCUCCGCCCGUACCCCCCGACAUGCCAGUCAUCAAGGAGAUUAUUCACUGCAAGAGCUGCACUCUGUUCCCACAGAACCCCAACCUGCCUCCUCCGUCGACACGGGAACGCCCCCCCGGCUGUAAGACGGUGUUUGUCGGCGGUUUGCCAGAGAACGCCACCGAGGAAAUCAUCAGGGAAGUGUUCGACCAGUGCGGGGAGAUCAUCGCCAUCCGCAAGAGCAAGAAGAACUUCUGCCACAUCCGCUUCAGUGAGGAGUUCAUGGUGGACAAAGCUAUUUACCUGUCAGGAUAUCGGAUGCGUAUCGGGUCCAGCACUGAUAAAAAGGACUCGGGGAGGAUCCACGUGGACUUCGCCCAGGCCAGAGACGACCUGUACGAAUGGGAGUGUAAACAGCGCUUCCUGGCCAGAGAGGAAAGACACCGGCGCAAGAUCCACGAAGACCGACUGCGACCGCCGUCUCCUCCGCCCAUCGUACACUACUCUGAACACGAGGCGGCGCUGCUCGCGGAGAGACUGAAAGACGACCACAAAUUCAGCGAAGCCACGGCGGUGCUGUUCACCUGGAUCGACCGCGGCGAGGUCAAUCGCCGGACCGCCAAUCACUUCUACUCCAUGAUCCAGUCAGCCAACAGCCACGUUCGACGGCUGAUGGGUGAGAAAGCUCAACACGAGGAGGAGAUGGAGCGCGCUAAAGAGGCCUUCAAGAACGCCCUGAUGGCCAUCCUGACACAGUUCGAGCAGAUCACCACUGUUUUCACCGCCGCCACCAGGCAAAAGGCAUGGGACCAUUUCUCAAAAGCACAGCGCAAGAACAUAGACAUUUGGCGCAAGCAGUGUGAGGAGCUGAGGAACGCCCACAGCGAGGAGAUCAUGGGCAUCCGGAGAGAGGAGGAGAUGGAGAUGUCCGACGACGACUCGGACGAGAAUCCCUGCAAGAGGAUUCGAACGGAGAACGGACUGUUCGAUCAGUCUCAGGCGUCUCUGAAGGAGGAGAACGACUCGUUGCGCUGGCAGCUGGACGCCUACAGGAACGAGGUGGAGCUUCUGAGGAAAGAACAAAUGAGAUCGAGCCGAGUGGACGACGAACACACCCACACACACACACACAGUCCAGAGGCUCAGAUCCAGCUGCUGCAGCAGAGCAUGCACAGCAUGCAGCAGCAACUCCUGAGCCUGCAGGAGAAGCUGGCGAGUAAGGAGGCCGAGCUGGAGCAGGCCAAAGAGGAGCACUGCUACCUGGAAGGGGAGGUGCUCACCCUUCGAGAUAAGCUGCUGAGCAGCAGUGUGGAGGCUGUGGAGGGAACCAACGGAGAGCUACAUGAAAAGGGGAUUAACGGGUGUGUCCCUUCGUGGAUCACGCAGGAGAGGAGGACGGGGUCGUCAUGAGAGGAGGCGUCCGCAUCAGAGAAAGAGGCUCUGCUUCUGGGCGUCAUAUCCACCUUCCUCCACGUCCAUCCCUUUGGUGCUAACCUGGAGUAUCUGUGGUCGUACAUCCAGAGACUGGACUCGAAGGUAUCUGCGGUGGAGCUCGAGCGCCUCAUGGUCCGUCUCCCCGGGAUGUUCCGUCAGGAGCUGAGCGGCGUUGGUGCGACGCUGGAGAAGCGAUGGAAGUUCUGCGGUUUCGACAGCCUCGGUUCGGCGUGACGCAGGAAGAACGAACGCACACACACACACGUGAAGGCGGUGUGUGUCUGUUCAGUGUGUGUGUGUGCGUUCGUUCCUGGAUAUUCAGCGUGUCCACCAGUGAACCAGACACAGCCGUCUUUGGUUGUCUCGUCGCUGGAGCAGCAGGAGGACAGUAAAGUUAUACCAAAGUCCAACAACAUUUCUUUUAUCAACUGACAGAACUGAUGCUGGAGUGUGAUCAGCUGAUCGGAAACUGAACUAACGGAGUUUACACACCAACUCACGAGUCCUCAACAUCUCUGAUCCAUUUAGAGUGACACUGACACCUUUGGUCGUUCAGUGAACUGCAGUCAUAUUAAUAUGUUAAUGUUACGUUAAUAUCUCUGAUGCUUUAUGUCUUCAGGUACUGUUGCUGUGGUUACUUCAUGUCUGUGAUAACAGUCGGACAGCUGAGUCGAUCUACGGAGGCAGAAAAACAAAAAACAAAGCAGUGUCACAUUACACUUAUAACGUUAAAGUAUACGUUACUUUAACGUUUAACACCAAACUUCUUGUUACAGUACAACAAUGUACUACUGAUCAUGUUACAGCAUCAACUGUGACAACGUAACAUGAAGGCACGACGUUCGUUCACGACGUUCGUUCACGACG